UCUCUUCCUCUGUUCUUUCUAUAUAUAAACGUAUCCUUCUCAUCACUCAUCACCAUCUCUUCCCUCGAUUUAAACAAUUGAACCACCCGGGCAUGGGGCUGUUGAAGGCGAAGGGUGUAGUUUACGAGCCUGUGGAGAAGGUUGAUCUUGGUCCUGAUAGCCGGGAAUUCUAUCUGCGUGCGAAUGUGAAAGCUCCUAGAAUGGCUGGAUUUCUGGUCAAAAUUUUUUCCUGGUUUCUGGAGUCGAGGAUAUUUGGACCUGCACUCCUUUACAUUUUGACGAGAAACAAUCUGGUUCACAAGCUUGUUUCGAAUGCAGAGCUGGAGGAAUCGCCUCUUUAUGUACCGUUGCAUCCGUUUGAAGAGCUCAACGAGCCAGAAGUGAAACUAAUAGAUGCUGAUUUAUCUCCACCUCACCGGGUUCAACAGGCGAUUGAAUGUCUGCCAAAUCUACUCAACGGUUUAAACUAUUCUUUCCGUCGUUGGACAAUAAUGGAUUAUUCUAGAGCCUAUAAUUCUGGACAAAUAACUCCCUAUGCGGUGGCUGAACGAUUAAUAGCUGCAAUUCGCCAAUCUUCCACUCCUCCAAUGGACAUGGCAUUCUUUAUUAAUUACAACGUUGAAGAUAUUUUUAGGCAGGCCACUGAAUCAACUCAAAGGUAUCAAACAGGGAAGCCAAUCUCAGCUCUAGAUGGUGUCCCAAUUGCCGUCAAGGAUGAAAUAGACUGUAAUCCAUAUCCCACCACAGGAGGUACGAAGUGGUUGCACAAAUUUAGACCUUGUAAAGAAGAUGCGUACUGUGUUAAGUGCCUUAGAUCAUGUGGUGCUAUGCUUAUUGGAAAAACUAACAUGCAUGAGCUUGGAGCUGGAACAAGUGGAAUAAAUCCUCAUUAUGGGGCUACUAGAAAUCCAUAUGAUGCAGGCAAGAUUUCUGGAGGUUCUUCUAGUGGAUCUGCUGCAGUGGUAGCUGCAGGACUCUGCCCCGUUUCCCUUGGUGUUGAUGGGGGAGGCUCUGUCAGAAUGCCAGCAGCUCUUUGUGGUGUUGUGGGUUUCAAACCAACUUUUGGGCGUGUACCUCAUGCUGGUGUUCUUCCUCUGAACUGGACGGUUGGGAUGGUUGGAGUAUUAGCAGGCACCAUAGAGGAUGCAUUUAUCAUUUAUGCAGCUAUUAGUGGCCAAUUUCCAUUGAAUGAAUCAUCCAACACACAGCCGCCAAAAGUAUAUUUUCCACUGCUGAGGUCUUCUAGUCCAAUUUCAAACGUUAGACUGGCAAGAUAUGGAGAGUGGUUUAAUGAUUGCAGCGACGAUAUUAGAGCUUGUUGUUCCCAUGCACUGGACCAACUCUAUGAGAAAUGUGGUUGGAAGACUGUUGAGGUUACUAUACCAGAGAUAGAAGCAAUGCGCCUUGCACAUUAUGUAACAAUUGGAACUGAGUGUACCACUUCACUUAGUUCCUAUCUAGAAAAGCUGAAUUUUGCUGAGUUAGGAUGGGAUGCAAGGGUAGCACUUUCUGUGUAUGGUGCUUUCAAUGCAAAAGAGUAUGUGAAGGCUCAGAAACUCAGGAACCGCGUAAUGGAGUUUCACAAGAAAAUAUUUGCCAAGGCAGAUGUCAUUGUUACACCAACCAUUGGCGUAACUGCAUACCCAAUUUUCAAAGAUGCUAUGGAGACCGGUGAACUCGACUACAUCAAUGGAGCUGCACUAGUUCGAUAUCAGAUAGCUGGAAACUUUCUGGGAUUGCCAGCAGUUACUAUUCCUGUCGGAUAUGACGAAAAGGGUUUGCCUAUUGGUCUGCAGUUUAUAGGAAAACCUUGGUCUGAACCUACUCUAAUCCACAUAGCAUUUGCAAUGCAGGCUUUAUGCAUCUCAGAUUAUAGAAAGCCACAGGUUUUCUAUGACUUGCUGAAGGAGGACUAAAUGCACCAAUGAUCUUCAAAAGACCAAAGAGGGAUUCUCACUAAAACAGAGUACUUCAAUACCCAGUGGUUCUAUUGUGUCUCUUUAUUAAAUAUGAGAAUCAUUUUACUGUGGAGUUGGUUAUUCUGCUCAACAUUUUUUUAUGUGUUGAAUGAAGACAUUUUGUAUGAAGAAAUGAAGAAAAGAGAAAUUGAACUAAA